UGCGCAAUGGCAACCUUGGCAACGGGUAACUCCAAAAUGGAAGACGAGCAACAGGUGAACGCAGAUCCUGCUGCAAACGAUGAUCAGCAGGAAGAGACUAAUGCUGAACAAGAAUCAAGUAAUGAUGCUGCACAAGAAGACACAACAGAACAAGCUGCUGAUGAUAAUGCAGAAACAGCUGAAGUGAGUCAGGAGGAGGGUGGGGCAGAUCCCCCUGCAUCAGAUGAUGCCCCUCAGGAGACAGAGGGGACAGGGGAGCAGAAGGCAGAGCAAGAAGGGGACGGGGAGAAAUCAGAUGGGGUAGAUAAUGCGCCUGAGGAUGGUCAGGCCCCAGAAGCAGCUGCCAGCCAGGCUGCAGAAGACACCCAGCAAGUGACACAAGAAGAAGGUGAACAGAGCGCAACAGAGAAUGGUGAUGCCCCUGCUGCAGAAGGAGCAGCAGAGGGUGACACACCCCAGGAGACACAGGGUGAUGCAACCCAAGAGACACAGGGUGAUACAGCCCAAGAGACACAGGGCGAGGGACAGGUUGAGACACAGGGGGAGGCAUCCCAGGAGACAACGGAGGCAGAGCCCCCAUUAGCACCUUCCCAGACUCAAGAACCGCAAGCAGACACUGGGGAUGGGGCACAAAAGCCCCAGGAUGCACCGCCUCAGGAGCAAACAGAGGGUGGGGAGACGCAGGCUGAUGGGGGCGGGGCAGAGGGAGAGAAUGAAGAAGAGGAUGAGAAUCGUAUUCCAACAGAUUUCUAUUACAACUAUGAAGAACACAGCUCCAAGCCUGUUAUUGCUGAGGAUUCUGGUCUACCAGAUGACAUGCUCAAAUUAUUUCACUCAUUUGGAUAUGACUGCAAGAAGCUGUCCAAUUUGUACAUGCUGGAUGCUAACACAGUCCUGUUUGCGGCUGGUAACAUAGUCCAGAUCUUGAACCUUGUGACCAAAGAACAGCGAUAUGUCAGGACAACUAGUGGUGGUGGUGUUGGUGCCAUAACGGUACACCCAAGCCUCAAGUACUUUGUAGUCGCUGAAAAGGGGGAGAUGCCCAACAUCAUUGUCUACGAGUACCCUUCUCUCAAGCUCUACCGCAUCCUGAGGGGUGGGACCGAGAAGGGCUACGCCUUUGUGGACUUCAACCCUGCAGGAAAUCUCCUGGCCUCGGUGGGUUGCAGUCCUGACUUCAUGCUGACCCUGUGGGACUGGCAGCAGGAGAAAAUCCAGUUGAGAUCAAAGGCUUUCUCUCAGGAUAUCUUCAGGGUGACGUUCUCCCCGGAGAACGAGGGACAGCUGACGACCAGCGGCACGGGACACAUCAGAUUCUGGAAAAUGGCCAGCACCUUCACUGGACUCAAGCUGCAGGGAGAACUGGGCAAGUUUGGUCGUACAGAGAUCUCUGACAUCAGGGGCUAUGUGGAACUGCCCGAUGGCAAGGUGCUCUCUGGGACAGACUGGGGCAACAUGCUUCUCUGGGAUGGCGGUCUGAUCAAGGUUCAGAUUAGUCGUAAGGGCAAGAAGCCCUGUCAUGUGGGGCCGAUUGAACAGUUUGUCAUGGAUGAAGGGGAGCUCAUCACGAUUGGUGCUGAUGGAUUCAUCAGGGUAUGGGAUUUUGAAUCCAUUGACACAGCCGAUUCCAUGGAUGAGUCUGGUGUCUUUGAGAUGGAUCCAAUGAAUGAGCUCAAGGUCGGCAAUGAUGUCCAUCUCAUGUCCAUGGUCAAGUCUGUUGACCCUGAGGUACAGAGUCUAUGGUACGGUCAGGAUGCCAAUGGUGGGAUCUGGAAGCUUGACCUGUCAUUCUCUCACACCACCAAAGAUCCUGAGAAGCUCUUCUCUUACCAUGCAGGAGAGGUCACUGACAUAGCGACAUCACCAGUCUCCCAGCUCAUCGCGUCCACUGCACAUGAUGCAACCGUUCGUGUGUACGACAAUGUGUCCAAGAUGCCUCUGUGCCACUCCAAUUUCAACGCUGGAUCAACUGCCCUGCUAUGGUUGCCUCAAAUUAUUGACCCUAAGGGGGCAUCCGUCCUGGCCGGAUUUAGUGAUGGUGUAGUCAGAGUGUUGGUCAUCGCUAGACAGGACCAUCAAGACCAUCACAAGAAGGGCCAUCAUUCCCCUCAAGCUCAGCUGAUCCUCAAGCAGGCAUUCAAGCCUCACACCAAGGCAGUUACUGCUAUGGCUCUGGACAAUAAGGGAGAACUGCUUGCUUCUGGGGGAGCUGAUGGAACAGUGUUCUUCAUGUCUGUUAGUGAUACCUUCAACCCUGUAGGAUACAUUGAGGCCCCUGGACCAGUAGCACACCUUACAUGGGCUCCCGGCAACUUUGAGAAGAACACACUAUUGGUGUUCUGUAAUAAUGGUCAAGUGAUGGAGGUCACUGCCCCAGAGCCAGGUACCUACGACACCUCUAAGACCUUCAAUAUUACCGGUCUUGAGGUCAGAUCAUUCACCUUCAACAGCAUCAAGUCAAGACUCAGGAGAGAAGAGGAAGAGGAAAGGAAGAGAAUUGAAGAAGAGGAGAAACAGAAGGAGAAGGAGAGACAGCGACGUAUCCGCCGGGAACGAGGACUUGAAGAUGAGGAAGAGGAGGAGGAAGAAGAAGAAGAGAAAGAGGAUGAGGAACCAAAGCCAUUGUACAUCCCAGAAGAACCAAGUCCUAUUCUCUUUGGAAUGUAUGCUCCAAAUGAUCCAGAUACUUUCUGGGUUUCCAUGGGAGCUUUUGAUGCAGGAUAUCUGUAUGAAUGCAAGUUCUACAAUGAGGAGGAGAAGACUGCUUUGAUCAAAGACAGCCGAGAGAAUGCUAUCAAUGAAGCUAAGAGAGCUAUACCUGUCCCUGGGAGUGAUGAUAUCCCUAUAACAUGCAUCAACUUCAAUUCUGAAGGCACACAUGCUCUGAUGGGUAUGGAGGAUGGUGUCAUCCGCAUCCAGUCAGUCCUCCAGGAUGACACCGCCAAGAACUCAGAGAAACAACCUUUCACCUCCUCCCAGGCCGAUCUGAGCAAACUUGGCCCUUACUGGAUGCUCAACGUCCACGACAAUAACUACGGUCGCGUCAGCACCAUCAGGACCAGUUUUGAUGAUCAGUUUGUGGUGUCCAGUGGAGGUGACGGUAAUCUCUUCAUCUUUGAGAUGAUGAGUGAUGAGAAGAUUGAGGAGGCAAAGGCGGUGGCCAGAGCCAAGAUUCCUUCUGCCAGGAAAGAGGACGAGGAGCGUAGAGUGCUUGACAUUGAAACCAAGGAGCAUUACAGCAUUGAACUGGAGAAGCAGAAAGCCGAACAGGACAAGAGGAUGAAGAUUGCCGAAGAGAAGAAGCUUGAAGCAAGAAAGACGAUUGCCAAGCUUCGAAGACAGUUCAAGAAACUUCUCGAGAGAAAUCAUGAACUGCCUUCUCAUCUCCAGUUAGAGAGAAAGGAAUUUGAGAUGGAUCCUGGUAUAAGGCGAGAGCUUGAGAGACAGACAGCCGAGAAGAUUGAUCUGGUGAGGAAAGAACUUGCUUGGGAGGCUGACAAACAUCGCGUUGGGCUGGAGAAACUUAGAAAGAGAUUCACGGAUGAACUAGAGUGUGAGCGCAUCGUGGUGGUAGCAGUCAGGUCUUCCCAUCAGGUCGCUACCUAUCGGACAGCAGAGCUCAGCAAGGACUUCCUUCUGCAGAAAGAGGAGUGGAGUCGAAAGGCGACCAUGGUCUCAGAGAAAACCCUAUCCAGGGACCCGACAAGAGAUCAGCUGAUGCCUGGUUCAGCUAAGGUCAGUGAAACUGAAAUCGAUUCUGGGACUGUUCCUGGUACCCAGACCAAGAAGGCCACAGUGCUGACCGGUAGACUAGGUGAGAAGGUCAACAAAGCCCUUCAGAAGGCUGAAAAGGUCAAGCAGAAGAGAAUGGCCAGAGCUAAGCAGUGGAAUGAGCUGAAUAAGAGCAAGCCUCCUGAAGACUAUGAAGAUCCAGCUGAUGUCUUAGCCAUCAAGGAGGCUCAGGACCACAUGGGCGACUUCAAGCUGAAGACGGCCAAAGACUAUGUUGUCCCUGAACACCUUCGCAUGAAUGCUCUCAAGAAACGCAAUCAGCUUCUCACUCUAGAAGAAUUGAUCCACACCUAUAAGAUGCAGAUCAAUCGGCGGGUGAUCCGACUCAGGGACAAGAAGGUGUCUAUGAUCCAGGAGAUUAAGAAGAUCCUGGAGGAGCUAGACGAUAUCCAGUCCAGUCUCAAGGAUGAUCAGAAGAAACCGGUCCCAGAGCUACCAGUUCUCCACCCAUUUGAGGUCCCAGAAAAGAAGUAUGAAUACACCCGCGAUUCCUUGAUGAAAUUCCGAGAGGAGAUGAAGGCUAAGGAGCUAGCAAAGAUCACCGGGGGCGAGGGAGGAGGAUUCGGAGGGGGCUUUGGAGGCAUGGGAGGGGGUAACGCCCCAACCCAGAAAGCAGACACAAAAGGCCCUAACCCGAUGCGCAAGUCUGCCAUGUCCUACCGCAGUGGAACCAACCUGGUGACUCCUAUCCCCACCGACCCUUCCCUUCUCUCCCCACUGGAAUACCAGCUGAAGGAGGUCCAUUUGAUAGACAUGCUUUAUAGGCAAGAUCAGCUGUUGGGACGCGUCGAGGAGCUCGUUACCAACUUUGACGCCGAGCUUCGUCUCCUCCGUCAUGAGAAGUUCAACCAGGAUGUGGACCUCAAGAAUGCUGAUCUGAGGCGUGUGACUCUAUUUGAAGAGUUACAGCUCCUGAAGGAGUUUGAGAAACGAGAGAAUGUCCUAGCAGCCAAGGUGGAUGUGAAGAUCAAGGAACGCUCAGAUAUGCAGGCAAAGGUGGUUGAAUGCCAGUUGAAGCUAGAUUUAAAACGGAAAGACAUCGAGAAGCUGAGUGAGAAAGAGAAGGCCCUCUAUGCCACCUUCCAGUCAUCUCUAGGAGAGAAUAACAAAUUCCAGGAAUUUCUGACCAAAGUCUUUAAGAAGAAAAUCAAGAGGGCCAAGAAAAAAACCAAGACGGAAGGAGAGUCUGAUGAGGAGAGUGAUGAAAGCUCCGAUGAUGAGUCUGACUGGUCAAGCGAUGAUGACGAAUCAGGAGAAGAGCAGCUGGAUGAUUCAGUCUGUCCUCCUGGCUGUGAUCAGGCACUGUUUGAUAAUACCUGUGCUCUCCGUGAGAAGCGACUUGACAUUGAGGAGCUGAUGGCUGAGGAGAAGAAGACGGCCGAAGCUCUGAAGAAAGAGACUGAUGCCUUCACCAAGAAACAAAAGAUCAUUGAGAAUGGUCUUAAGACAGCAGAAGCUGACCUUGAACAGUUCCAGCUUGAAAAACAACAGAAGCUGAAUGAACUUGAUGUGAUAGUGACCCUAAGGCUUCACCAGGUUGAGCAUGUAGUCAACGGCUCUGUUCCCCAAGACCUUAGCCAGUGUCUAGUAUUCACCAACCAAGCCAUUAGAAGACUGCAGCAACGGAUCAGGGAAUUGAAGGAAGAGAAGAGUGCCCAGCGACGACAUUACAAGGAGCAUCGCCAAAAGCAUGUCCAGCUGAUCAAGGAUCGCAAGCUGAUGGAGGCCCGCAUCGAUGAGCUGGAGGAGAAGUCUAACGAUAUGAUGAGGCUCAAGUUUGGCCGCAUCGUCGACCUGGACAAGAUGGAGACGGUGGGCGUGAAUCGUAACGUGGAGGAACUCAAAGAGAAGAUCAGGAUCAAUGAGGGACAGAACGCCCAGGAGAUGCAGAAGUGGGAGAAAAAAAUCCUUGCCAAGAAGAAGCGCAUAACAGAGCUAACCAAGGAUAACACAGAGCGUCUCCGGCAGCUCACGUUCUUGGUAGGAGAGAAUACAGACCUAGAGAAAGAACUAGAUGCCCGCCAAACAAGUCUGACUGGGCAGAAAUCGGGCAAUGAAUUCCAGGGCAGCCGGAAAGCUGAUGUGGUAGAGAGGAAACGUUUGAUACAACUUGUACAGCUCCAAGCCCAAGAGAUUGAGGCGUUGAAGGAAGAGAUUGGUCUGCUUUCGAGGAAAGGGGGUCACAUCCUACCCCCUACCCAGCCUCCAGCUCCACAGACACCCCAUGGCGUAAGGUCAACGGUCAACAACUAGGAGAUACCGUACCCCCUACCCGGCCCUGCACACACCCCAUGGCGUAAUGUCAACGGUCAACAACUAGGUGAUAUCAUCUUUGUGCUUUGAAUCACUACUACACUGUAUUUACUCAAAGUAGUCACUUUCUCAUGAAAAGGACCCGUCAGAUGUUUUAUCUGACAAUGUUUGUUUCAUCCAACAGUUACCAUUAUCAGUCAGACAACAGGGGAACGUUUCAUUAAAAGACUGUCAUGGUCAUAUCUGACAAGUCCGUUUUUAUCCGAUAGUUACCAUAGUAACAGUACUUGUCAGCCAAUCAAAAUUCUGGAAAGUUGUCGGAUCGGACAUCUUGUCACACAAAAACAUUGAUGAAACGCUCCCCAGAGAAACGUUUGAUGAAAGGACUUGUCGGACGUUUUAUCAAACAAGUCCCGUUUUAUCUGCCAGUUACUAUAGUAAUGGACAAAAAAUAUUGAUGAAAUGCUCUUCCGUUUUUAUCAAAACCAGGGAAAGUCGUCCGAUCCGACAACCUGAAUGGUGAUUAAUGGCUCCCGAAGCUACAGUCACAAAUACCUUUACAAACACUAUACAUAUGAUUUCAUACCAUUUAUUGCAACAUGUAUGUAUAAAAAAAGUUUGUACGGUGUUCGUAAAGUUAUUAGUGACCGUAGCAGUACCAAGAGUUACAUGUACAUUCCCAAGUUUCCCAUGUUAGAAUGUCAGAAAGAUUGGGUAGUAUUCAUGAACUGAUAACAUUGUCCACCGUUUGUUCUCGAGGAUAUUACUACAUAUUACAAGAUGAUAUAAAUUAUCACCUGUUUCGUAACACAAAGACUAGUAAUAAUGGUCUUGCGUUUGUUUUUUUCAAGAUUUAUUGCACAUUGUGGUCAAUGCAAUCAAUCGUAAAAUAAAUGUUCAAUGAUUGUUGCAAUUAAGCUUUUUGCAGCAAAACCCUGGACAUUGUGAAAACCAACCUCUAGCUUUUCAUCUACUUUCUUACAUAUUAUUGCUUCUUAGUUUGGCUUGUUUCCAAUUUUCUAUACAAUAUUAAUGUUUUAGAAAAUAAUGUAUUAAAGAGUAUCUUUGGUGGCACUCAACCAUAACAGCAGAGCGGACUAGAGCCAGAGGGGCAUAAUGUAUUUAUUCGCUAGAUGAUGAUGCUAUUCCACUUUGAUAUAGGGCAUUGGGACAUGGUCUCUUUUUAAUAGCACUAUAGAGACAUAUCAUUACCUAUAAAUGAGUUUGGUCACAAGGUAAUAUGGUGCCUUGGAAUAAUUCCUACAAUUUAUCAAAAUCAAUUUGGAAUCACUUGUAAGGUAUUUUGAAAGAAAUUGAUAAACACAAAUAUUUUUGGUUGAUGCCACUCUUCUAAUAUGGUCAAACCAGGGUCAAUAAUUUCCAUUUUUUCCCUGCACCAUGUAUUCUUUACACAAAUAAUAUUGCAAGAAAUACAACAAUUUUAUAUUGACAAUUUAUAUAAUGUAAUUUAUUAUCAUAGUGACAUAAGUGUAUAAAGAUAUACAAAGAGAAUGUACAUACAAUAUUGCAGAAAAAUAUCACUAUUUACUUACACCAAUAUGCUAUUGUACUUCAAGUAUUCUUAUGCAAGAAAGAAAAUUCAUAGAAUGUAUCCAUUGUUCUCUCACUCUCUAUGCCUAUACUGCCUUAAAAUCUUCUCCAUUUUCAGAAACCUUGAAAUUUAUAGAUUGUUGAUAUUUAUCUACCAAAUUGUACAGACUCCGUCCAUACAGGAAAAUGAGAUUCUAUGCUAAAUAAAUCGUUCUUUCAUUCCAGAACAAA